AAUUGUAUUAAUAUCUCCUGCAUUGCCUGUAGCAGUAUCUACAUCAAUGAAUUAUGUUGCCUUUUUAAUCGUGUUUGCUGCAGAGUUGAGUCUAUUAGCCAAUACUUUAAUGUGUUUGUUUUUGUCUCUUAUUAUAACAAUUGUGACAUUAAUGAAACUAUCAAUAGUCGGUCACGUUAUCUCGUGGAGUCUAUCGGCCUCGGCAGUAUUGUACAUUACUUCAGUCCUCACGCGCGUACCGUCAUGAUAUUCACGGUGAUACUCGUAGUUACUUUUCUACUAACCUGCGCGGGAGUUUCUCAAGAUCCUGUGGAAGGACCGGCUGGUGUCGCUAACAUACCCAACGAGGAGAUCUUCGGAGACCUUGGCCAACCCCUCAGAAUCCGAUGUCUCGUGUACGGUUACCCAACACCGACUAUCUACUGGUACCGGGGUCUGAACGGGCCUAUGGUGCCCUACAGCAGCUCACUGUAUGAAGCUAGAGACAACGUCUUACUAAUCAGGAAACUGAACGAAGAGACUAUCGGAGAGUAUGCUUGUCACGCAUAUAACGGAAUAGGCUCGUCGGCGAUAUGGCCUUUUGUGGUUCAAGCGAGCCGACCCGACGGAUCUGUGGAGAUACCUAAACAUGUAACCCAACUUGAAGUCCCGGUUACGACCCCACAGAUACAAACCCAGGCAUCUACCACACCAGCACCAGAAAACCAGGUUCCACUCUACGCCGUGCCCGUGACAACCCGUAUCAACGCAGAGCGAACUCAAGUGGUGGCCGGCUCGGAGAUCAGAUUAGCAUGUGACGUAGAUGGCUACCCUGAGCCGCGUGUGCAAUGGACCAAAGACAGGAUGCAGCUCACAGCCACAGACAGGAUACAAAUCACAGAGACACGUUUGACAAUAUUCCGGGCACAGUCGAAUGACAGCGGCGAGUACAGCUGCGAGGCGGCAAACGAAUACACGUCACAUUCAUCUGUCAUCAACGUCGCUGUCAAAGGUAUCUACAUACCACCAACGUGUGUGGAUAACCCGUACUUCGCGGAUUGUCACCUCAUCAUCCGCAGCAAUUACUGUCGUCACAAAUAUUAUUCUAAAUUCUGCUGCAAGUCCUGCGUGGAAGCCGGACAGCUGGAAGCUGAAGAAGCGGAGCUGAUGCAGGCCGAUAUGUCAUUUAGAAGGAAGAAGUAACGAGAAAAUAACGGCUUAUUAGGGAGUUCUAACGCCAGUUAAUGUAUUAUAGAUAAAAUUUGAUAUCGAAAUUUACGUAAAUUAAAAAAAUAGAAAUAAAUUUCGUGAAAUAUGAAUUUUAAAACCGUUAUAAGCAUAAUAAUAUAUAUUAGGUUAAGAUUUUACUGUCAAAUAAAUUUGCAUGAAAACAAAUUUUAUUAUUUUAAGUAGGUAAUGAUAUUUUAAUAAAUUUAAAGAUUUCGAAAUAUCCAGAAUGUAAAAUGAAACAAAAGUGCCUUAAUAAUCUAAAAAGUGUGUACAAAUUAAUUAUUAUAAGAAAUUUGUAACAUAACAUAAAUGUAAUACAAACUCUUACGGUGUUAUUACAAACAAAAAUUUAAACAUGGCUUAGACACGUGUUUUGUUAAACAGUGUCUAACUAUUUAAACGACGUCUAAAGACACUAAACCACAUAAAGACACGGAUUCGUAAUAGGGCUUUUUAAAACGCUUUAUAUUAGCUUCACCUGUAUGUUUGUAACCGACUUCUUUGGGCGCGAUUUUGACCCACUUUAAACGGCUAGAUUCAAACUUUGUAGAUUUAUCAAGCACCGAUGACAUUACACUAAUUUGAUAAAAUUAUACUAAAAAAUGAAAAACAAAUAAUAGUUAAAAAAAAACUAAAAAGCACGCUUUAUAUAAAAUUCAACUAAAAAAUAGAAAAUAAAUUUAAAUUGAAAAUAGUGUAAAAAACUAUAUAUG